CAUCUCCAACUGGACAAAGAAUUGUAAAUGGAACUCAAGCUCAGCCAGGUGAAAUUCCAUAUAUUGUUUCCCUUAGUUUUUAUGGAUCACACUUGUGUGGUGCCUCUAUAUUGGAUUCCACUCAUAUUUUGACAGCGGCCCACUGUGUUGAAUCUCGUCCUCCGAAUGUAUUCUCCAUCCACUAUGGUGAUCUGAUAUUGAACAGUUCGUCUAAGAAGAUUAUUAAAGUAAAGGAGAUUCACGUGCAUCCGGGAUAUGAUCCAUCUAAGUUUUAUAUAAGCGAUAUUGCUGUAUUGACUUUAGCAAGCGAAAUUCCAUUCGAUGAUAAUACUCAGCCUGUUUCACUGCCCGAACAAUCUAGCAAAACUCCAGGAAAUGAAGAAGCAGUUUUGGCAGGAUGGGGACUUAAAUCGGCUCAAGGCGACCCUGCAGGAUCUUUACAACGUGUAGAUAUAAUAUGUUACACGGAUGAAAAUUGUGAAGCUGCCAUCGCCGGAAAUACCAAUAGGCAAUUCCAUAUCUGCGCCGGUGUUCCUGGAGGUAGAAAAGGACAGUGUAGUGGAGACUCUGGAGGUCCAUUGACCGUUAACGGAGUUCAAAUUGGAGUCGUUUCAUGGUCUUUCAUGCCUUGUGCUAUGAAAGGAUAUCCAGAAGUUUUUGCCCGCAUCGCUAACUACGUUGAUUGGAUCAAAGAACAAAUAAAACAAUAA